GACUUUGGUGCCCCAAUGAACAACGUGGUGUUGGUGUUGGUGGUGGUUGAUGGUUGAUGGUCUCCGAGAUAUGAGACCAGUUCAGGUUCUUCAUGGUUCUAAAGCUCAAUCUCUCACCUGUUCUGCCUCAUUUUUGGGAACCUGGUGAUCCCACACUCUUGGACUCGUCGGUUGAUCCACGUCAAGGGACGUCGUCUUGGAAUCAUCCUCGCUCCCAUCCAGACGCAUUGCUGGGUCGACUUCAAGUGGACACCACGAGGUCGGCAACGACCAUUGCGUACUCCACGCCUCAGGACCGUCACUUGACCCCCCGGGUGAGCGGUGAGAAUAGAGUGGUCGUUAUGAGUGAGCUAUGCCACGCUGGCGAGGUCAAGACCAUCGGACUCAAGGUGGACUCCAUGCAUCAGGCUUUGUCGCAGAUCUCACAAGAACUAACCAAUAUCAGGAACUUGCUCUUAUCGUCCCCAUGUUCCACCAACAAACAACAACAACCACAGCAUCUCAUCUCCAGCAAUUCAAAGACCUAUCCAAUGGAUCUCAAAAAGGUGGAUCCUCCCCAACCGUCCAAUGGAAAUGUAAUGGUGAGGGCAGCCUCAGUCACCCUGGGCAAUUCCAAUGAGGAGGACGCGGUCCAGACAAAACAGGCUGAUGAUCCCCGUCGCCAAUCGGUAAAAUUCCUGAGUUCCACGCACAAUUUCGAUGAUUUAGACGACGAACCCGGUUGGCACAAUACUCCGCCCAAUAAACCCGACCAAUCCUCGAGGCGGAACUCGAUCCCGUCCAGAUUUGCCAAGAGCAUUUACCCCGAGACGGAAAAGGAUUCCAGCGACGCGAACCCAACCAAAAACCAAGUCUUUAUCACUAUCAAUGUGGGUGGAAAGCGGCAUGACGUCCGUUGGGACACUUUGGACAAGUUCCCCACCAGCCGAUUAGGCCGACUGCGCGCAUGCCCCAAUCUUAGGGGAAUUCGCGAGCUCUGUGAUGAUUUCUCGUACCCUCGCCGGGAAUAUUACUUCGACCGAUCUCCGAGGAACUUCGAUGCAGUUUUGGGCUUAUACCGAACAGGGAAACUCCAUUUAUCUCAAGGGGUAUGCGUCCAAGACUUCUGUGAAGAAUUGGAAUAUUGGGGACUCUGCGAUCUCCAUCUGGAACCAUGUUGCCAACACACCUAUUACAGAGCUCGAUGGUUAUUGCCAGUUUCCAUGAGGAUGGAAGAGGACAUGGAUGAUCAGUUUGGUGAGGGAAUGUACGCCAAUUUCCAGAAGCGACUCUGGAACCUCUUUGAAAAUCCGAAUUCCUCACCAGCAGCAAAAGUUGUAGCAGUGAUAUCCUGCUUGUUCGUGGUGGCUUCAACAUUCUCUCUCAUCAUCUCUACUUUGCCAAUGUUUCAGGUGAAAAAAGAUUCCCCCGGUGACGAGGAGCAUUUCAUAUUCGCAGUGGCUGAGGCCAUUUUUGUGGGGUGGUUCUCCUUUGAGUAUGUGGUCCGGUUCAUUGCAGCCCCUCACAAGCUACGAUUUGCCAAAGUUGGGAUGAACGUCAUCGAUCUAUUGGGAGUUCUACCCUAUUUUCUUUCUCUUGGGUUGUCAGUCAUCAAUAAAAACACUGGUGAUAGUUCGGAGAUCGAUGCCAACAGCUACCAAGAUGAAAUGAUGCGCAUUGCUCAGAUCUUUCGAAUCAUGAGGAUCCUUCGGAUCUUCAAAUUGGCCAGACACAUCACGGGACUCCAAACCCUAGGGUUCACCCUCAAGAACAGUUAUAAAGAGUUGGGAUUGCUCAUGUUGGUGGUCAUCAUGGGUAUGCUCAUUUUCUCGGGAUUAGCAUACGUGUCAGAAAAGAAUGAAGAGGGAACAGCAUUCAUAUCAAUGCCACAAGCACUCUAUUGGGCAAUCAUUACAAUGACGUCAGUUGGGUACGGUGACAUUUAUCCAACAACUUGGUUUGGAAAGCUGGUUGGAUCAGCCUGUGCCAUUUGUGGAGUGUUGUGUAUAUCGUUGCCAAUCCCCAUCAUUGUCAACAAUUUCAACAAAUUUUAUGAGAAGGCCAAAAUCGAGGAGGAGAUCGAUAUCAAAAGGAAGAAGGCGUCUUGGGAGGAAGCCAAGAGAGAUUUGUUGGAUGCUAGAAGGAAAUCCUGCAUAGCAGCUGCCGGGGAUUGGAAAAAACUGAUCAAGGGGUCUGGUACGGGUGUAACAGCCGGGGCGAAACCAUCCGAAGGCUUUCUGGCUCUCGAAUCGAGCACACCAAGGCCAGCAAGCAAGGUCGAAGAAAGGAGCGCGUCACUCAAAUUUAUCAAGAAAGAUCCAAUAUCGCUUAACGAAGUCCAACCAAUAUGAAUGGAAGACAACAUACAUUCGACCUUUGUAUCUCUCUAUCUCUCUAUCUGUCUAUCCAUCUCUGUCUAUCUAGCUCCACUUUUUCCCCUAGCUAUCUAGCUCUGACAAGCAAUAAACCUAUUUUCCCUUGUC